AUGACCGUAGACGCCCAUGCAACAACGACUGCAAGCCUGCGCGAGUCCCUGUGCUCCGAGGCCACCCCGCUCCCCCUGCGUUUCCGGGCGCUCUUCUCGCUCAAGCACAUCGCAAGGCACGCCGCUACGCCUGCCGAGUCCCAAGAGGCCAUCGAUGCCAUUGCCGCCGGCUUCGCAUCUCCCUCGGCACUGUUGAAGCAUGAGCUCGCCUACUGUCUUGGUCAAUCCGGUAAUCCGGUCGCUGCGAAGCCGUUGCGCGUCGUGCUCUCAGAUUUACACGAGGACACCAUGUGCCGACAUGAGGCUGCCGAGGCACUGGGCGCUCUGGGCGAUCUGGACAGCUUGACACUUCUAAAGGAAUUCAGAGACAAGGAGGGCGAGGAUGUAGUCAUUACUGAGACGUGCGAGCUUGCCAUUGAUCGCAUUGAGUGGGAGAACUCAGAGGAGAGAAAGAGAGAGAAGUUGCGCCAAAGUGAUUUUGCGUCUGUCGACCCUGCCCCUCCCAUGGCCGAGUCAUCACAGACGGUGGAAGAGCUCGAGAAGACUCUCAUGGACACAAGCGCACCUCUUUUCCUACGAUACAGAGCAAUGUUUGCCCUGCGCGACCUCGCGUCGCCUCCCGAUCUACCUACAGCCGUGCCUGCAGUCCACGCUCUUGCCAAGGGUCUCGCAGACUCGUCUGCCCUCUUCCGCCACGAGAUCGCAUUCGUCUUUGGUCAACUAUCACACCCCGCAUCGAUCCCUGCCCUGACCGAAGCUUUGAGCAACACGGAGGAGGCCAGCAUGGUCCGCCACGAAGCUGCUGAGGCACUUGGUAGUCUGGGCGAGGAGGAGGGCGUCGAGGAGGUGCUCAGGCGCUUCCUUCACGACAAGGAGAAGGUCGUGCGCGAGUCUGUCAUCGUCGCACUGGACAUGGUGGAUUACGAGCAAAGUGGCCAAGCCGAAUAUGCUCUGAUCCCCGAGGCGGCCAAGGCCGCAACGGCGGCAUGA